CUCUUGGGUGCGUCACCGGUGCAUGGUUCACGUGAAGCACGUUUUAACCACAGUUUUAUCGCUGCCUCACAACUUGUAUAACCAUGGACGCCGGCCAGCUUAUCGAUAUUCUCCGGGCCACCAUAGACCCAAACCAGCGAGAGACGGCGGAGAAACAACUCGAGCAGGUACACAAGAUCAUUGGCUUUGCGCCGUCUCUGCUGCAAGUCGUGAUGACUGCCAGCCUAGACAUGCCCGUGCGCCAGGCAGGCGCCAUCUACCUCAAGAACCUGGUGGUUCAGUUCUGGCAGGAGAAAGAGCCGCCACCGCAGACGCAGCCACAGCCGCAGCCGCUGCCCUUCCACAUUCACGAGCAAGAUCGAGCCAUGGUGCGAGAUGCGCUUGUCGAUGCCAUGGUGCACGCACCCGAACUGAUCAGGGUUCAGCUUUCAUCCUGCCUUGGCUGCGUGCUCAAGCACGACUUUCCGGGCCGAUGGACGGGUGUUGUGGACAAGGUCUCUAUCUACCUGCAAUCACCUGAGAGUGCCGGCUGGGCUGGCGCACUCCUGGCCCUGUACACACUUGUCAAGAACUAUGAGUGAGUGGUGGUCCUGGUA